AUGCCUGCGCUCUCACCAACGAUGACCGCGGGAAACAUUGGUGCAUGGCAGAAGAAGGCCGGAGAUACUCUAGCACCUGGCGACGUCCUCGUGGAGAUUGAAACCGACAAGGCUCAGAUGGAUUUCGAGUUUCAAGAAGAAGGUGUUCUGGCUAAGAUUCUCAAAGAGACGGGAGAGAAAGAUGUGGCGGUUGGAAAUCCUAUUGCUAUUAUGGUCGAAGAAGGCACGGAUAUCUCCGAUUUCGAGUCGUUCACACUCGAUGAUGCCGGUGGUGAAAAGGCACCCCCCAAAGAACAGCCGAAGGAGGAGAGCUCCGAGGCCUCAGAGGCUCCAGAUUCAGGAUCAGAGACAGCACCACCCAGCGGUUCAAAGGAGCCUGCGCCCGAGGCUAAGGAGGCCGACACAACAGGCGAGAAACUGCAGUCGGUCCUUGACAGAGAACCUACUCUCAGCCCAGCGGUGAGAAAGCUGGCUCUUGAGAAAGGCGUUCCCAUCAAGUCAAUUAAAGGUACAGGGCCAGGUGGUCGGAUCACCUUGUCGGAUAUUGAGAAAUACAAACCUGCCGCAGGCGCUGCGCCAGCCGCGGCAGCCGGCCCGACCUAUGAGGACAUUCCCGCGAGCUCGAUGCGCAAGACCAUCGCUACACGGCUCCGAGAAUCUAUGAAUCAGAACCCUCACUACUACGUCUCCACCACGCUCUCUGUCACGAAACUGCUCAAGCUGAGAGAAGCGCUCAAUGCUGCCUCUGACGGCAAGUAUAAGUUGUCCGUCAAUGACUUCUUGAUCAAGGCUUGCGCAAUUGCCUGCAAGAAGGUACCAGCCGUGAACUCGAGCUGGAGAGAGGAAGGAGGUCAGGCCACUAUCCGCCAACAUAACACGGUCGAUGUGAGCGUGGCUGUUGCCACGCCUGUGGGAUUGAUGACGCCCAUUGUCAAGAACGCAGACAGCAUUGGUCUGUCGGCAAUUUCGGGCGCCGUCAAGGACCUUGGAAAGCGAGCAAGGGAUGGAAAGCUGAAGCCCGAGGAGUACCAGGGCGGCACUUUCACCAUCAGUAAUAUGGGCAUGAACCCCGCAGUGGAAAGAUUCACUGCUGUAAUCAACCCACCUCAAGCCGCGAUUUUGGCCGUGGGAACCACUCGCAAGGUGGCGAUCCCGGUUGAAACUGAAGAGGGCACUCUUACUGAGUGGGACGACCAGAUCAUCGUCACCGGCAGCUUCGACCACAAGGUGGUGGAUGGGGCUGUAGGAGGUGAGUGGAUCCGGGAGUUGAAGAAGGUGGUAGAGCACCCCCUGGAGAUGAUGCUGUGA